AAGUAUCAACAACAUUUAAAUCGGAGAAAUCCUUGCCGACCUAAGAAUCUUACUCAGACACAGGGUGUCCUGCUUCGCAGAGCUCCAGUCAUUCAAAAUUCUGCUGAAAACCCAACCCCGACGCAAAAUAUACCACCAGCUGAAUAUCCGAUUCAGACGCAAAACCAAGCCCCAGAAGGUGAUCUCAUAUCAUUUGACGAAAACCCACCGACGCACCAACCAACCCAGCCGAGAGAGGCAAGUGCGCCGGCAGUCGACCUUUUAAUUGAUUUAACAAUAGAUGAAUUAAUAAAAAGGCUAUCAAAACCAAGUGAUGAUGUGGAACAUCGAAGCUCUGCUUCUUCUGAAUAUGAUACCGCUGAAGAAGAACCAGAUAUUUAUUUCGAAAAAAUCAAAGAUCCAUAUAUUAAUAGAAAAUCGGAAGCAGAAAAUUUAAAUGAAAGUGAGGUAUGUAAUUAUUACGCAUUUGUUCCAGAAGGAUACUAUGCCGAAAGUGAAGCAUUAGGCUUCUUUGAAUCAAUCGAAGAAAAAAUUGCUGAUGUUUAUAGAAGAGAAUUAUUAUUAAAGGGCGGAUUGAAG